UUCGUUUAUCAUUGUUCAUUAAUUUUUUGUCGUUUCUUGUGAAUUUGUCUCAUUAAAAUUAUAUUUUUCAAGAAUUUGAUUACAAGAAAUAUUUAUCAUGAAGAACUUUGGGAUAUUUUUCCUUUCUGCUCUUUUCUUUGGCAGUGUUAUAGCAGAUGAAAUGUUUGACGAUGAUGAAUGGUUUUAUAAUCAUCAAAAUACGGCGAUGGAGUGGGGAAAAUUGAGGGAAAAAGAGGGGAAAAAACGAGAAUAUUUUGGAAAAUUGAGAGAAGAAGAAGGAAAAUUGAGAGAAGCAGAAGGGAAAUUAAGAGAAGAGGAAGGAAAUUUUAGAGAAAAAAUAGGAAGAUUGAGAGAAGAAAGAGGACGAUUGAGACAACAGGAAAGAAUGGGUAGAAGUGUAGAAUUGGAAAAAUUAAAUACAAAUAUUAUAAAUAAUAAUCAAAACAAUGUGAUACAAGACAAGGAAGAAAUUUUGAAAAUAGCACAACAAAUAGAAAAUGGAAAUCCACCGGCCAAUGUUGAUUCAAAUACAAUUUCUUUUACUACGAAUAUCCGAGGAAAGCCCUACAUAAUAAAAUCUACAUAUUUUUCAACAAGUGUAAAUACAGAAGGUACCAUUUACUCUGUUAAAACAACUUAUGAUGAAGAAAAACUGAAAGAUGUUUCGAUAAGUGUAUUAACUUGGAAUGAAAAUGGUAGUUCGACAAAAUACUAUAAUAAUAUUGGACCAGGAAUAAUCAUCAAUGGAAAAUUAAUGUAGAGUAAAAUAUAAUAAUUUGUGUAAUAAAUAAAUAAUCAUAAUUAUAAAAAUAUAAUAAAUAAAUAUUAUCUAUAAAUAGAUAAUAAUCUAUCAA